AGGAUGUCGCCGCAUCCUCAUCCGGCUUUCGCCGGCGGAGGCAACGCCGGCAACGCCGGUUCUUACGCCACUCUGACGCCGCUCCAACCGCUGCCGCCCAUCUCUACCGUGUCGGACAAGUUCGUCUACAGCCACCAUCCGCAACAACAGCAGCAACAACAACAACAACAACAGCAGCAACAGAUCAACCACCACCAUCACCAGCAACAACUGCAACAACAACAACAACAAAUGCAUCACCAUCACCACCAUUUGCAGCACCAGCAACAGCAUCAGCACCACCACCACGGUGGAGGCGGAGGUUCUGGUGGUGGUGGGGGAGGUAAUAACAACGUGUCCGGCUCGUUUACCGUCAUGCAGAACAGUUCCGGAUUCGUGGGGCAAAUGGGCGCGAUGGGAGCCGGACACGGGGCCGGCGGGGGAUACGCGGGCGGAUACUCCGUCGAUAAAUUACCGCCGAUGGCGCUGUCGCCUCCGCCGGCCGUCCAGCACGGACACUACAACGUCCAGCAUCAUUCGGUAGUGUCGGGCCUUCACCAGACGUCGCCACUGUCGCCUUCGUACGGCGGUGGGCAUCAAAACAACGGGCUCCAUUCGCCCAGCAAAUCGCUGGAUUCGCCGACCGGAUACGAUUACACCAUCCGCGGCGCAGGUGGAGGCAGCAGCAACGGAUGUCUGGGUCAAGCUCAACACAGUCCGGGCGGCCCGUUGAGUCCGCAGUCUCACAGCUCGCUGCACUCGCCUCCGCACAGCGGGUACAGCGUCCUGAGUCAGGUGGGCAUGAACGGAUUGGCCGGUCCCGGCCCGCUCAGUCCACCACAGCCUCAGCAAUUAUCGCCUGGUGGCCAGCAGCAGCAGCAACAGCAACCUCAGCAACACGGCCAGAUGAGUCCUACACCGCCGCCCGGCUUGAGUCUGAUGGAACGGAUGGAACGGAUGGAGCGGAUGGAGCGGAUGAGGGAAGCCAUGCCGCAAUCGCCUUCGCCUCCCUUGGGCGUCUCGUUGUCACGCGACGCCAUGAUCGGCUCGAUGGGUGGAGGCGGCACGAUCCAUUUGGCCAGCUCCAGUCAAAUCCACUUGGCCGGACAACAGCAUUCGCAGCAGCAACAGCAGCAACAACAACAACAACAGCAAGGAUUCGGUCCGGGCUCCGUCGGUCCGGCCGCCUCGAAACAUUCGCCUCCGUCGUCGAUUUCGACGUCGAGUCCCAGCAACGGCGGCGGUGGAGGUGGCGGAGGUGGUGGAGGAGUCGGCGGAGGUAGUGGGAGCAACAACAGCAGCAACGGUGCCGAGCUGGAAGAGAUCAACACCAAAGAGCUAGCGGCCCGCAUCUCGGCGGAAUUGAAGCGCUACAGCAUUCCGCAGGCGAUUUUCGCCCAGCGGGUCCUCUGCCGCUCGCAGGGAACCCUGUCCGACCUCCUGCGCAACCCGAAACCCUGGUCGAAGCUCAAGUCCGGCCGCGAAACGUUCCGGAGAAUGUGGAAGUGGCUCCAAGAACCGGAAUUCCAGCGCAUGUCCGCCCUCCGUCUUGCCGUUGGAGGCCACGCUCAACAACAGCACACACCUCCGUUUGGAGAGCCACCCAUAGCCGUGGUUUGUAAGCGCAAAGAAGAGCAACCCCCGCCUCCUGAACAACCGUCACCAAAGAAGCCUCGCUUAGUUUUCACCGAUUUGCAACGACGUACACUGCAGGCCAUUUUCAAGGAAACGAAACGGCCGUCGAAAGAGAUGCAAGUGACGAUAGCCAAACAGUUGGGCCUGGAACCGACGACGGUUGGCAAUUUCUUCAUGAACGCCCGUCGUCGUUCGAUGGACAAAUGGAAGGACGAAGACGGUGGAGCCAAAUCGCCUGGUACUAGCAGUAUGGGAGAUGUUGACGGUUGCGACGUCGAUGGCGCCGGCUCGGUCAGCAUGUGCGGCAGCCCUUCGCCAGCUUCGUCGCCCACCGGCGCCGGAGGCGGCGGUGGCGGGGAUCCUCACGGCGGCCACGUUAUCAGUCACGGAUCCCUCCACCAUUCGCUGGCCACCGACGCCUUAUGACAACAACAGAACCACCACCUGAUUGCAUUCGGCCAGUGACUGAGUUGUGUUGAACACAUCAAAACAGAUCGACACCGACGGCUACCUCCGACGUUCAAAUUAUAUCCCCCCCCAAAAAAAAAUAUUUAUCGCCGAAUACGAAAGAAAAGCAAAAAAUGAACAAGAAAAAAGGGAAUGACAAAUGGAAAAAAAAAAUAAAAUCUAGUCCUUUUCAAAAGUGUCAAACGGUGGACGAACUGAAACGAAACGAACUCCGCCAAUAGAAGUGCGUGAGAUGAGAAAAAGAAAAACCAAACCAAAAAACAAUUGAUACAUGUCAAAUGAUCUCCUUUUUUUGUGCUACGUUUAUAUCAACUGAGUGCUAGUCAAUGAUGAUGCAAUGAGUCACGUUUUCUUUUCGGAUUUUUUUUUUUUCAAUGUGUAUACGUGUAAACCCCCGGCAUUCCGAAUUUUUUAGUUUUGUUCCAUUUUUGCAUUCCAAAUCGAUGACAAAUGUGCGAGCUUAUUUUAUGUAUAGUCAAAUAAGCUCCCCUCCCCUCUACACGAACGAAACGGUCAGGAAGAGAAAACGCCGAGACAUCAGGCAAACGCAAACCAGUGAUCUCAAUGACAGUCAUUCCAUUAAAUGGCCGUUUGGGGGAUGAGGGAAUGUUUUCAAUUGAAAAAAAUCGUGAGCGUGAAUUGCUCCCCCCCCCCCUUGCCAUCCAAUAUUUAAUUUCUUCCCGCCAUUGAAAUCUUUUAAACAUUUUAUGAGUUCUAUGUCACAAUCGCUCAAGGAUCGUGUGCGUCUAUAAAAAUUGGGGGGUGGGGGGCAGGAAAUUCUAAAUUCUAAAAAAAAAAAAAACAUAAGCGUUGUAAUCGUUUGCGCGUAUUUGAAUGUAUCCCGGCAAAGGACAUCUCAACUUACAUUUCAUAUCUGAUGGUAGGGGGAGGGGGAGAGAGGCUGUUUAAAUAAUGGAGCAUCAGAGGGAUGAGGUUGUGAGUGACCAAUUGAAAACAAAAAAGAAAAGACAUUUCUAAUUCUCCCUAGUCAAAAAUCCUUAUCAUUCCCUUUUUCUUUUUAAUGAUGCGUCCAGCUGAAUGAAUUCCUUUCGCAUUUGUGUUUGUUGCAGCACACGCAUUACGAGUGGGGACCUCUAUUUUAUCGACACACACGUCUAUGUCACCGAGAUUAUUAUCACCACUUGGCUCCUCUCCCUCCGCCCAAAGCAAACACCACCUUUAGCCAUCAACAUUAAUUUUUUUGUUGUUGAAAGUCACGUAUAUAAUCAUCUACUCGUCCUCUACGUAUCAAAUUCAAUUUCUAACCCUGGCAUGUGUAAUAACGGAGGAUAUUAUAGUUUUAAACGCUCUAGAGAGAGAACAAAAAAAAAACAUAACAAUAACAAACAAAACAAACAAAAAAAAUGAAAUGAAAAAUGCCCCUCUAGUUUAAUUUUCAGAAUAAUGCGGUUGUAGCCUUUCCUUUCAAAUCAAACACGCUCUCUUUUUGUUUUCUCGUUCGCCCAUUUACCCCCCGUUUUUAUACAUAGCUUUUUGAUGCCAUUGGUGCGUGUCCGUGGCUAUUUCUCGUUUCUCUGUUGCAUUCCAUGAUGUACAUUUUCUUUUACACAAAACAAAAAUUUCAGAAAAAAAAGGAUAAAAAAAAAAAAAAAUGAACAAUUGCCCCCCCCCCCCUCCCCCCUAAAGAAAAUUGGUGUCUCACGAAUAUUUUUUUUCGUUUGAAAACAAAAUGAUGUGCUAACCCUCUUAAUCGUUUUCACCGUCAAAAUAAUUGAAAUACUUAAAAAAACAAAAACAGAAAGAAAUGGGGAGAGCAUAAGAAAUAAUGUUUGCUUUCCGGUAGAAAAUCACGUUGCCAUCGUCUUCUUUGAAAGUACUUAUUCAUAGUCAUGAAAUCUUUUCUGUUUGUUUUAUUUAUUUAUUUUAUUUUUUUUUGUAUUUCAUUUUUCUCUUAUGGGUAUUCGUUUUGAAACGUUUUAAUAUAAUCCACGACCUGAUCACACAUGUGAAACCCUCCUCUUUAAACACGAUUUUCACGUUUGGGUGGAAGAAAAAAAACAAACAAACAAACAAACAAAAUAUUACCGAAUGGAAGUUUCACUGGAUUACAAGAAAAUUAAUAAUAAUUUGAUGAUAGUUUCGUGAAGUUCGUACGUGAGCACGUCCGUUCCCCUCCCUCUUUUUUAAAACUAGUCGUGUUACAUUGUUUUUGAAUCUUUUGAAUUUUUUUUUCUGUGUGUUUUUCUAAAUGAUUGACGUACAGUUUGUGUGUGUGUGCGAACGUGAGCGUGCAAAAAAAACAUUUGCGCAUUAUCCGCGCAUGAAUCAAGGAUUUUCUUUUGUUUGUUUUGUUUUCGGUUCGAUGAAGUCAUUUAUGCAAAAGUUGUUUUGAUAUAACAUGUGCGCUGGUACUUACAUAACUUCAUUUUUCUAGUCCUGUACGUGUGUUUCCCACGUCUCAUUAUAUACUUAAAAACAUCAACAAACCCAAAGCAUCACGAAAAAAAAAUUUAUUGUACUUUGUAUCUCUCUGCUCGUCUCUCCCUUCGUUCAUUUGUUCCGAUUCGCCCUCCCAUAAAUCCUGCCCCCCCCCUUUAUUCCCCUAACCCCUCUGUUGGAUGACUUAACCUACUUAAUAAAGCUCUCCACGCAUCCAUCACAUUUAAUAAUUCCCCUCGCAGCUCACACUCUUCUCCGUAUUUAUAUAUAUACACAUACAUAUACACGAAAGAAAAAAAAACAUUCCCGUCCUCUCUCUCUCU